GGGGGGUGGGUGGGAUCGGAGGGGAAGACCAUGACCUCCAGCUACGGGCACGUUCUGGAGCGGCAACCGGCGCUGGGCGGCCGCUUGGACAGCCCGAGCAACCUCGACACCCUGCAAGCGAAAAAGAACUUCUCCGUCAGUCACCUGCUAGACCUGGAGGAAGCGGGGGACAUGGUGGCGGCGCAGGCGGAUGAGAGCGUGGGCGAGGCGGGCCGGAGCCUACUGGAGUCGCCGGGACUCACCAGCGGCAGCGACACCCCGCAACAGGACAAUGAUCAACUGAACUCAGAGGAAAAGAAGAAGAGAAAGCAGCGGCGGAACAGGACGACCUUCAACAGCAGUCAGCUGCAGGCUUUGGAGCGUGUCUUUGAGCGGACACACUACCCAGAUGCGUUUGUGCGAGAAGACCUCGCCCGCCGGGUGAACCUCACUGAGGCCAGAGUGCAGGUGUGGUUUCAGAACCGAAGAGCCAAAUUCCGCAGGAAUGAGAGAGCCAUGCUGGCCAAUAAAAAUGCUUCCCUCCUCAAAUCCUACUCAGGAGACGUGACUGCUGUGGAGCAGCCCAUCGUACCUCGUCCUGCUCCAAGACCCACUGAUUAUCUCUCCUGGGGGACGGCCUCUCCGUACAGAUCCUCCUCCCUCCCAAGAUGUUGUUUACACGAGGGGCUUCAUAACGGAUUCUAACGGAAGACACUGAAAAGCGCCAUGGCUACUUAUUCUGCCACAUGUGCCAACAAUAACCCUGCACAGGGCAUCAACAUGGCCAACAGCAUUGCCAACCUGAGACUGAAGGCCAAGGAAUAUAGUUUACAGAGGAACCAGGUGCCAACAGUCAACUGAGGAAAAAAAAUAAUUAAACAGGCCUAAGAAGAAAUCAAAAACCAUAAGACACCUA